AUGGCAAAUUACAAUUUACAUAUGUCAGAAUUUGCACUGAUAAUUGUCACAAAAACCGCGGAUUGUAAUCAGUGCUUGAAACUGACUAAAUGCAUAUACUCAGUGAGCAGACGAUAUCUUAAUGAAAUAUUAUUAACAGCAACCGAAAAAUACAAUAACGUCCAUUUACACUUCAAUCAGAAGUUGAUUAAUAUAAACUUCAAUGAUGGUGAAAAACUCUACAAAAGUAAUACCUUAGACAAAUCCACGACAAAUAGUAGAUUUGAUUUUGUGAUCGGAUCUGAUGGUGCAUAUUCCAUGGUCAGAAGACAUAUGAUGAAACAGGCCAUGUUCGACUAUAGUCAAACUUACAUUAAACAUGGUUACAUGGAACUUUGUAUUCCUCCUGACAAAGAAGAAAGAAUGCCAGAAAACUUCCUCCACAUCUGGCCCCGUGGUCAAUUCAUGAUGAUAGCACUGCCAAAUCAAGACAGAUCUUGGACAGUAACUUUAUUCAUGCCUUUUGAAAAAUUUUCAAUGCUGGACAGUCCUGAAAAGUUACAUACAUUUUUCUCGGAAUAUUUCCCAGAUUCCAUACCUCUAAUUGGAAAAGACAGGUUGACCAAAGAUUUUUUCAAAGGAGGUCCACAACCUUUGGUUUCUGUUAAGUGUUCUCCCUACCAUGUUCGAGACAAAGCUCUUUUGAUUGGAGAUUCUGCACAUGCGAUGGUGCCUUUUUAUGGACAAGGAAUGAAUGCAGGUUUUGAAGACUGCUCGUUAUUAGACGAUCUCAUAGAAAAAUUUGGAGAUGAAAACAUGGAAAAUGUUUUUAAGGAAUUUACUGAAAAACGAGUAGACGACGCUCAUGCUAUUUGUGAUUUAGCAAUGUAUAACUACAUUGAGAUGAGGGAUUUAGUCAACAAAAAAUCAUACAGACUUCGUAAAACAUUCGAUGAUUUUCUAUUUUGGAUUGCACCUCAAGUUUGGGUACCUUUGUAUAAUUCUGUUUCAUUUACCAGAAUGAGUUAUAGAAAAUGUAUAGAAAAUAGAGCUUGGCAGGAUAAGGUUCUUUCAAAAGCCAUUUUCACAUUAAGUAUUGGAGGUGCACUUAGUAUUUUUGGUGCAGCUUUUUAUUUUGGAAGAAAAUCAUCAUUAAAUUUUAAUUUACCCGUAGAAAAAUAUUUUGAUAAAGCUGUAAAAUCUGUAGGUCUUGUUUGGCCUUACUGA